CAGGUGCUGGAUAUUCGGCGGCACUGCAAAUCCGCGAUUCAUUCCUUCAUUGUCUUCCUACUCACUCACAGCUCCAUGGUUUCACGAUCUCCUGUGAUCGUGUUCGAUUUUUCCCUCUCUGACAACGAAAUUGGUGCCCUAUUCGAGCCUUGAGAGGGAUUAUUCUUUUCUUCUGUUGGAUUACCGGGUUACUGAUGCCUAUAGCGCAACUUUCGACUUGAGCCUCGUGUUGAGUGAUGGUGAAUCGCUUUGUGUGUGCGUCUAAUUGUUUCAAGAUUGGUCAAGGAAGGGUGCAUUUGGUGUACAGAUCGGGGAUACAAUCGGUGGAUUGUUAGAGAUUGUUAAGCGAUUGCAGGUUUGUGAUGCUCGGAGAUGAUUUUGGAUUUUAGCUGCGGUGUGUGUGUGCGUUGUAUGUUCGGCACUGGAAGGAUGUGGGAGUUGGAUUGUCUGUGGAGAGGACGAUGAUGAUGCCUAGAUGGUGUGUUGAGAUAGAGUUUUGAAGGGAUGUAGGUGCAGUUCGCAUGGUUUUCGAAGUGCUCUGUCUUCACAGUAAUCUUGUAAGGGGAGUUUUCGAGCAGAGUACGGUAAUUGUCCACUCUCUGUUACAUGUCUAGGUUACUAGAGGAUUAAAAGAGGCGUUCAUCUCGUGUGAUGGAGCGGGAGUAACAUUACCAGGCAAGGGGAACUUAACAUGAAGGUCUGUCGAGAUCUUGCGGCAACCUGGACAGGAACUCAAGAAAAGCAUGAAGUGGCUGGGUAACGAGCAGAUGGCGGAAAAAGGGAGAACAUAGAAGUGCAAUAGAGACAGGGAGUGAAGAGCACCGUGGACUUGCCUGAGGUAGCGAGCAUUGAUUGAGCCAGUAUGGCGAGUGCAUCGGUGUCGCAGUCCCACGAGACAAUUGCAGCCCCAACGGUUUCUUCAGGUCAGAGAAGCGAAAACAAGGUUAAGAAGGUUCAGGGGUGGCAGGGGCACGCCACACUAUUCGGACUCGCUGGAUCCAGUAAUAUGUGUGCAGCUGCCAUUACGAAUCCUGUCAAUGUCGUCAAGGUUCGAAUGCAACUAGACGGGGCUCUCUCCUCUACCAUGGAGCGACAAUAUCCAGGUUUUUUCAAGAGUAUGAUUCGGAUUGGGAGAGAAGAAGGGGUCAAGGGUCUCUGGCGUGGCACUGGAGCAGCUCUCCUACGUGAAGCAUCGUACUCAAGUAUUCGAAUGGGUUUAUAUGAACCACUAAAGCAUACAAUUGCAGGGCAUGACUCUGCACACAGUCCACUGUGGAUCAAAGUAGCUGCGGGCUCAUUGGCAGGAACCAUAGGAAGUGCAAUUGCCAAUCCAACCGACGUGGUCAUGAUCCGCAUGCAAGCUCCUGUAGCCGGCACUAGUGUACCAGGAGCAACAACGCAUUGGCAUUACCGUGGGCCAUUUGAAGCAUUUGGCACCAUAGCAAGAACUGAAGGUCUGAGGGGCCUGUACCGUGGAGUAGGGCCAACAAUGCAGAGAGCUGCAAUCCUCAAUGCCGCGCAGAUUCCUAGUUACGAUCACAUCAAGUACACGCUCUUGAAGUGUAAUGUUAUGCACGAAGGUAUUGCGUGUCAUUUGGUGUCCUCAAUGACGGCGGGGUUAGUGACAGCUGUCGUCAUGUCACCCAUCGAUCUCAUCAAAACGCGGAUAAUGCAGCAAGCUAUCCAGGUUGGUGGAAAAGCUGGUGUAUUGUAUUCUUCAACGUUGGAUUGUUUCUGGAAGACCCUGCGGUCGGAAGGACCACUAGGCCUUUACAAGGGGUUCAUACCUGUGUGGAUGCGGAUUGGGCCCCAUACUAUCAUCACCUUCUUCUUCUACGAGCAAUUUCGAAAAGCGCUUGGCAUUCGACCUUUUUGAGCUGUUCGAUUUGGUUGCAGUAGAUGUGUUGCAAAGGUCUUGUGGAUGUAGUGCUUGUUCAGCAUAAUUUAAUUGGUAUUCUUCUUCCCUGACGAUUUUGAAAUUCCAGGGACUGCAUAAAAUCUCAGUUGGACUGUGAAAGAGACUGGCUAAGAGGUUUCAAUUGAAGCGGUGAACAAAGAUGAAUGUCCUAUUCAUUUA